GGGCCUCACCUGACUGAGAGGCGUAGGGGUUUUGCAGAACAGAAGUCUGGCUUUCCCAGAAAGACGUGGCCAAAACCUGCUGAAAUGCGCCAGAUAUCAGAAAGUUUAAGGUGCAGCAAAUGCUAUUCUGCUAAUGUUUCACUUUUGACUGAAUUUUGAAAAUCAUCGGUGAAAGACGAGUUAAAGGUAAAUUUGUUUUCACGUUGGUUUAGACUAUGCUGAAAUGAAAGUGAAAGUAAGCAGUGGAUCGUAAUUGAAAUGUGGAGUCGAUCGUGUGUGCUUCAAGGUGGCAGGAUUUCGACGAAUAUUCUGUUCAAAAUAUAUUAAUCAACUUAAAGGAGUGCAGGCAGUAGAUAGCCGUGGAAAAAGACUAAACGAGUAAGCUAGUAAUUGCGAGGGUAAGCGCUGACCGACAUCUGAGUGGAAGUGCAAGGACAUAGUAACUGAAGCAAAACAAAUAAACAAGCCAAUAAAAUACAGAUCUGACUUUAUUUUUUUAAAAAAGAAAUGUUCUGCCCUGAUUUAGACUCGGCAUCACGUGUUUGAUCUGUGCACUUUUAAGUGUGCCAAAGAGCGUGCAAGAUAUAAUAAUCGUAAGGCCUUUCUCAGAUAACUAAACGGACCUGCUAGCGACUUUAACACAGGGGAUAGAAAUGUAGCUCAGUCAAGGACUGUGGUCUUCACAUGUAAAAUCCCCAGGAAUUCCACUGUUACCAUUAAGAUCCCAUAGGGCAUUGAAAACUUAUCUACGGUAUCUCUAAUGUGAAUGGAUAUGUGGCCAAAACACAAGCAAAAUGAAACAUCAUGUUUGCUGUCGACACCUCCAGUCCAGAAGACUUGCUUAGUCAUUAAUAUGGAUGCACCCACUUCGACAUGAGUUCAAUGGCUAAUCACCCACACCAGCACUUUACUGUUUUGGCUCUUUCUGGCUCAUAGAUCAGGGCUCAGAUUAGUUUAGUUCAGGGGUCUCCAAUUCCAGUCUUGGAGAGCUAAUAUCCAGUAGGUUUUCUAUCAUACCUGGCUUCUGAUGAGCCUCACCUGCUCUCUGGUAAAUACUACCUGGAUAGUAGCUCUCCAGGACUGGAAUUGGAGACCACUGGUCUAGUUGGUCUGACUUUCUUCUUUGUGCUUACCAUUAGCACUCAGCACCUGAGCUAGAUAUCUUUCAGUCAGUGGCCCAAAUCCUGUUAGCAGUGAAAAGGAAAGGUGUCACAGGCAGGAUACCUGGCAGUGGCAGUGCGUGUGGUUUGGGGUGUGUCAGUUGAUUUUUUAUUUUUUUUUCCUUGGCGUAAUACUGAACUGUUUUACUAACUUGGUUUAAAUAAACUUCCAAAUUAGUGAAUUCCUUUUGUAAUUAGUGGUUUGUCACAUGUCUUUUUUAUUUUUUGUUUUUGUAUUGCUGGGUGGUUUAUGUAAGUAACGCCUAGGUACAGUAAGUGCCACUUCCAAGUGGAAAUAUAAUGUACAUUACCAUAAAUAAAAUGCUAUACUGCAUGGUUUUCUCUCUAGCUAAUUGCUAGCAUUGUUGCUUAGUUCUCUAUCAUGAUCUACAGCAUGCUGUGUGCAGUCUUUGUACUACAGAUUUACAUGCAGUAUGCUAAGCUAAUUAAGCCUCAGAGCAUAUUUGCAUAUCGAACCGAUGUGAUUCAUACAGCCCACAGCAGCACAUGCAGUAACUGUUCCUUGGGGGCAGUAUGUGCAUGGCUGGCCAGCCAUGUGAUGCUUCAGAUAAAAGAACACGUGUAGAAUGGAGGGCCGGAUAUCUGCUUAAAUACUUAAGGUUGCUUGUCAGAGAAUCGAGGCCUUGAUCCAUAACUGUGGCAUUCAUUGCUCAAUAUUUCAUUUGUAAAGCAUGAUAGAGUUAUGUGUUAUCUUGAUUCCAAACACAUAGGACGUGAAUACCAUAACUGAGAUGUAAUUAGGAGUCAUUUUUCUCAGAAUAGUAAGGCACAGUGAUAAUUAGACUGCUUUUGGGUGAUGGGACACCCAGGUCAGUACUUUUUGCUUCCUAUCGUCAAGCCUAAUUACAGUUAAAUUAUGCAUUGGAUAAUCUAUCAGGCAUAAUGUAAACCAUGGAUGAGGGGUUUGUAUUCAGGAACGAGGUGUCAUGGGCAAUAUUUGUGAUUUUGGACCCUGGGGGGAAGCUGAACGUGUCUGCCCCACCCCCUAACAAACACUCUUUAUUCAUGUCAAAUUCACAUUGAACAAAAAUAAUUACAAAGUCAGCUGCAAGCUGGGAAUUAUGCAGAUCAGGUCACAUGAUGCACAAUGUAAUUUUUGAGUGUUAUAGUCAAUUACAUGAGGAUGGUUAGUGCUGUGUUGGGCCCUAAUUAUUGCAGUUGACUUUAAUGAAUUUCUAGUGUUAUCCUGUUACCAGGAAGAUUUCUAAUAACCAUUGGAGAACCUUGAAACCGUGUGAUAAUUGACUGUAUGAAUAACUUCAUGUGACAACACAUUUUUAAUAGGUUACGUGAAAUGCAAUUGUUAAUGAAUAGUGAAGGAUCCAGAUAUUUGAUGACUGUGUCCAGUUAUUGUGAUGGGUGUCUCAAAGUUUCCCUGUGAUUUGGCUUAAUUUCAGGAUUCCGAAAUUUCCGUAAAGUGGUGUCACUGCAGGAAAUCAUUUAGUGAAAGUUGUUUGUACACAGGUGACAGGGUUUGUGAGGUGAGUGUUGGGCUAGAUUGCUUUUAAAAUCCGAGCCUGGUCAUUAGGGUUCCCCCCGGUAAAUAUUACCAAGGGUGAGGACCCCUCAUGAUGGUUUUUGUUGGGGGAGGGUGUCCCAUGACAAUUAAUUUUGCCGCCCGGGAAAGGGGGGCACAAUAUAUUUUGCUAGCCUACAAAGCCAUUGGUUGACUGAGAAAAUGCUCAGGAUGCUAGAUGGCCAGUGCAGCCCUGGUGUUGAGCCCUCACGUGUUGUGUGAAGCAGCUUCGUUUCUGUGGAUACACGCCCGGUGUGACAUGAUGACACAAACAACGCACUUGGCUGGGUGUUUCGCUCCCUGACAAACACGGUCCUGGCCCCGCCCAUUACAUGUCAACCCCGCCCCCCAGUUCUCAGGUGACCCCGGAGGAGCUUUGGCUCAGGUAUGCUGCUCCGGUGGGCGAGCCAUGGCUGCCGUGCUUGCGUGAUGUAAUCAGACACCGCGGUAGGAAUGGGCCUGGUGUGAGGGAGCUUUAGCAAAGACGAGUUGAAAGCUUUCACCGACGGCAAGCAGUAUGAUUCUGGGAGCCCGUCUGCCUGUGUAUCUGCUUACUGAAAGAGGCGUCGUGCUUGUGAUCCGUGCUGUGCUGUGGCCGUAUGUUGACACCAGAGCGCGCUCGGCCUCAAGUUCGAGAUAAGCGAGUGUGCAAAAGAGGAAACAGGAGGGUCGCCCUGUGUUUGGGGGAGCUGUGAGAGACGAGGCGGAGGGCUGGUCCUCUUCUUUCUACCCCGUGAGCGAACCGCAGCACCUAUAAAGGGGAAGCGAGACCAGCAGUCCAGCAGUCAACUUUGGAGGCCUCAGGUUAAGGUGUAGCUGCUCUGCUUGUAAUUAAACAUUUUGACCCAAACCGGGACACAAAAAUUUACAUCCGUCUGGUGACGAGUGCCUUCAGCUUCUUUGGAAUAUGCGUGGUGGCUCUCAAAGAUAAGGUGCAUCUGCUCUCUGGAUUGUUCUGAAGAAUUUGGGACCUCGAGCACGUUUCUGAAAGGCUGCUGUACACAUCCGGGCCCUCCAGUCAUAUCUGGCACAAAUCAAGUUCUUUGGGAUGAAACUGUAACACUCCGGAGCCCCCAGAAACAUGACGGCGGCCGUUGGGAACAGCGAACUUGCCUUUGAGUUUGCCAGUGGUUGUAUAGACAGUGUGCAGCAGCUGAGUGACCCCUCGGUGUUCCCGGCUGUUAUCGUCGAGGAGGUCCCCAGCUCCCAUCUGCUUAGCUACUCGGACUUAACCUGCGAACAGCCGGCAUCAGGAGGCCUCGAUCCAGCUGUGGGGGCAGAGGACCCUGGGGUUCAUGGAGGGGGUGUGACUUUCACAGUGGAAAAUAGUGAUGAGGCCAUGGAACCUAUAGAAGGAGCAGGGGCCCUGCUGAGAAUGGACUCCUCCAGAGGACUUUUCGAUGAGGAGCACAUGGGUCACCCAUUUGCACAGUGCAGCAGUGGGGUCAUGGCCACUCUGAAGUCGUCCCGCAGUGCGGGUGGCAAGGUUCGGCAAGGCGCUGUGGCCAGAGCGACCACCCAGCAGCCCGGGAAGAAAAAAGGGAGGCGACCCCGACAGCCCCGACCCGAGUCACCAACACCAGAUCUCCAGAUAAAGAAGCGAAACAAAGAUGGCAGAGGAAAUACACUCUAUCUCUGGGAGUUUCUGAUGGCCCUUCUGCAGGACCGGUCCACAUGUCCACGGUACAUUAAAUGGACUCACAGGGAGAAAGGCAUCUUCAAGCUUGUGGACUCCAAGGCGGUGUCACGUCUUUGGGGGAGACACAAAAAUAAACCUGACAUGAAUUAUGAAAGUAUGGGCAGAGCUUUAAGAUAUUACUAUCAGCGUGGCAUCUUGGCCAAGGUGGAGGGCCAGAGGCUGGUCUACCAGUUUACAGAGAUGCCGAAGAAUCUGAUAUGGAUUGAUGAUGAGGAGCAGUCUGAUAGCAGCCGGGUGGCGGAUGUGGAAACAUUUCCUGAGAGCCCCAUCCAGACGCCACCAGCUCCUAAAUCUUCCAGUAAGAGUGACAAACAGAGAACCAGAAUCACGGGACCCAGAGCGAAGCUAAAGUGUGCGGCCAAUAACGCAUGUGAGCAGGUGCGGAACCUCCAGCAGGCAGGAGAUGGACAGGCAGGCCGAGCCCUGGGGCUGAUCCAGCAGCACCACCUGCCUAUCGUGUCUGCCGAGAUGAUGAGGACGCUGCAGAACAUCCAGUCAGUGCAGCCAGGACAAAACGGCUCUGUGUUUAGGACUGUGCAGCUGCUGGAGAACUUGCAGUACGCCCAAGAGAGAGAUGGCGAUGGUGACGCCCACCAGGGGGAGACGAUGCAACCUGUGAACUUCUUAGCCAGUCAAGCACAAUUACCGGUGGUUUUGUCGACAGAAAACCAGCCAAUCCAGACACUGACGCUGCAAACCGUUCCAAGAAUAGUCCUGGCCAAUCAGGAUGAGUCUGGGGCCUUGGCCACAUCUCCUAGCUUUUUUCUACAGACGUAUCCCUCCAUGCAGCCAGUUGCAGUCAUAAUGGAGAACAUAACCUCAGACGACCACUCAGAAAGUCAGGAAAAGAGUGUGCUGUCCACAUCCCUAUCGCUGGCAGAAGGGGUUUCUCUGACUGCGCUCAUCGGUGGCCAGCACCUGCCCUCCCAAACCUCGGGUACCGCCAUAACCUCGGUCAUCUCUGCCCUAGAAGACAAACCAACUGAAAAGCUGGAGAUGGAGGACACGGAGUUAGAAAGGCAGAUGGGAAUGAAGUCCGAGGCCCCUGGGGUAGUCGUCCUCAGUGAUGCCUGGGUUGGUUUGGAGGGCAGCAAACAGGACCCAGCAUGAUGAACAGGUUUCCUUGAGCAAUGCCUCCCAUUGGGUAAAUUGCCCAGAUUAUGGGCACUGCAAUUAAUUGGCACCUCACCAGGGUGUCCCCCUACCUGUCACCCGCAUUCCUCUGCAACCCUGACCAGAACAGCAAUCCAAGUGGUAGACUGGCAUGGUCAGCAGAACCGUGCACCGAGACUGUGAAUUUUACAGAGGAUUUGCAGGAACAUGGUGGUUUCAGAAUGAUACGAGAUAGCUAGCUGCCCAAGGUGCUGGUGGCCCUGUGUCUGUGUGGAUUUCCUUCAGGCACUCCCAUAGCCCAACAACAGCAGUUGCCUGUAAUGUCCAAUUUACUCUUUGCUUGACUAUAUGCUGAAAAUGGAUGGAACAUUCAGGUUUUUGGUCUGGAGAAAGACCGUCUGCUUUUAAUGGUACCAGUUCAUAAGUUAGCCUGACUGUGUUUUGGGCUGUGACGGAGCCCAAUUUGGUUACACCAAUGCACAUGUCAAUCCGAAUCUUUUAUGUGUUUUGAUUUUUAAAAUAUGCAUUAAGUAUUAAAUUCAGCUUUUAUGCAUACAACUGAUACAAGCAUUACAUAUCGCUGAAUUUCCUAAGUGUUUUAACAGAAAAUAUUUUCUCACUGUGUUCUUUAAAUUUGUACUACUGUACUUUUUGAUAAAAUUAUAAAAUUGAAGAUCAGAUUUUAGUAUUCUGCAUAUAUUUUGAAACAAUGUAGAUAAUGUGAAAUAUAUUACUGCAUAUUGUAUUUUAUAAAUAUGAAAUGUUUUACAAUUUUUUUAUAGCAGUCAUUGAGGAAAUAUUAGUGCUGUGAAAUGCAUUCUGAAGUGUACAAAACAAACCCACUCUUUAUGUUAGUUUAAUUUUCAAGCAAAUAAAAAUAAAUGUGAAAAACCUU